CUCUUCUACAGAUAUUGCAUUAACAAGGUAUGUUCAAUUGCAGUUUUAAAUCUCUUCAAUUGGACUGCCUAUCUUUAUAAAUCUUGAAAUGAGAAAGGAUUGGUGUUUAAAUAUUCAAUUUUAAAUGAUGACAACUGGAUAUUAUACAGAAAAAUUAAUACUGUCUGUUCAGGUUUUUCCAUUGAGUGGACUACACGACAGCGGUGCCGUGUUCUAUAGUAAAUUUGUGGAGACGUGCAAUGGUUACAUCGUACAAUCUCUCUGUCUGUCUAGCGAACAGAAAAUGUGACAUUGAUCUCCUAGGACACCUAUAAGAUUUCUAAACCCGAUAACAGAAUCAUACUUAUAGGCUGGAAAAUUGGAUGUUUAUUUUUUUUUUUAAAGUGGACAAUAAAUGAGGACUAACUAUCCUGGAAAGCAAGUAAACAUUAAACAAUUUUUGGACCAAAUACCUUAAUAUUGGAUAUGCUAACUUCUAAUUUUAGAAGAUUAAAUACAGAAUUUGACCAAACACUCUGAAUGGCACAGAACCAGACAAAGAGAGGCAAAAACUCCAAGUCAAGUCCCAGUGACAAGGAGAUUGCCAGCAAAGGAGAGGCUACAAAGAGUGAAAAUGAUCAGGAUCCACACCCAACAGAUUCCAGCAGGAAAGUCACAGAGAAGGGGAAAACUUCUGAGAAUUCAACAAAGAAAUCAUUGGAACAAUCUAGAACAUCCCUAGAUUUAACCAAGAAACAUUCGGACCAGGCCAAAAAUCAAGGAGAAACAGCCAAGGGCACAAAACCAAAAACAAGCUCAACCAAAAAAGUUUUAAAAAUAGAGAGGAAUCAUAGUGAAGCCAAAAAGAUUCUGUGUCAAAUGAACAGUCAGCUCACAGAACUUCUACUGGGCCGGCCUAGUUUAACAGAGAGUCCGACAGACUUAACGCGAAGGUCACUGAGUGCUAUACAGACCUUGACCAAGGACAUUGGGUCUGUUCUCGACACGUCAAGUAAGAAAUCGAGUUUUCUUGAGGACAUAGGACAUCUCUUGCAGGAAAUUUCUCAAAUCAAGCAAAUGCUACAUAAAUGUGAGUCUAAUUUAAGAAGUGAAAAAGAACUAGUGAAGUUCCACACCAACAGAGCCAGAACAUUUCAGAACGAAAUUGAGAAACUGAAGGUGGAGAAAAAGCAAGUAGCUGACAAAAAUAAGGAAUUGGAAGAUACAAUAAUGGAGUUGGAAAGUAAAUUCAUGCAAACAAGGUUAAGUCAUCAAAAUGCCAUAAAAAUACAUACUGAAAAGCAGGCAGGUCUGCAGGACAAGGUCAAUAAAUAUGAAUUCUCAUUAUCGUCAUUGGAGGAAAAGAAUUCAGAGCUUACCACGGACAAUCAGAGUCUGAAAGACAAAAUUCUGGAGUUAGAACAAAGAAAUAAAGCCCUAGAAAAGAAGUGUCAGGGGUACCAUAAAGACAUCGAGAAAGUUAAUCAUAAAAACAAACACCUGGAAAACAAAAACAGGAAACUCCAGACCGAAGCCGAUAUGAUGAACGUUCGAAACAUAGAAUUAAAAAAUAAGAACAAAUCAAUUGUAAAAGAAUCAAAUCAUUCUGAGGAGAAAAUCAAAGACUUGGAAGAAAAAGUCCAUAAUUUAUCAUCUGAACUAGAAACUUGUUACACUGAAAAUGAUGGGCUUAGGGAUCAAAUUCAUCACCUAAAAUUAAAGCUUUCUGAAUAUGAAGAUGAGUCUGAUGUGUUAAUAGAGGAUUACACUCAGGUAUUGAAGGAGAGAGGUGAAAUAUACAGGAGGCGAUUGUCUGGAUCGUUUACUCCAUCAGCAUUACACAAACUGCGGAGGGAUGAUAGUGAACACUCCCUGAUCAGUUGUGCCAACAGUGGACUAAGUUCUACCCUAGAGAGUCAGGGUAGAGUCUCGGCCGCCGCUAGGCCACGCUCAGAACUCUCUGAUGUCAGCUUCGCAAACAGUUCCCACUCAGAUGAAGUGCCGAGGUGAAAUAGGAAGUGAUGAUAAGUAGACUUCUUAAGGACUGAUAUAAAAUCAAGCAGACCAUCAAUGUAUUGAAUUUCAACAAGUUGUGACACCUGGAUGUAAUGAUUUUGAUCUCGAUUACAAAGUCUGUAUUUACUUACUGCCACAAAUACUCAAGUGUUAAAAUUCAAUAAAACUGUUGAUAAUAGAUGUCCAAAUAUUGCUUGUCAAAUCUUUUUUCAAAUAAAUAAUGCAAUGUAAGAUAAUCACCCCUCUUAAAGUAUUUCCGUGAUGACGUAUGUUUUACUUUACUUGUAAAGAAAUCUAGAAGUUGCAUCUAUUUAAAGAAUUACUUUAUCAUGGAGGUCAACAGAUCAACAGCAUAGGGGAAGCAAAAUAUGUGGUCCACUUAUUGCCAAAGCUAGUUUCUAUAUCAUAAUCUUGGCCUGAAAAGGCAUAUCAAAUUCUUUUAAAUGAUCAUACAAUUGAUAUUAUACUUGAAAAAAAAAAAUUAUUGGUUUCUGUACAAAACAAGAAUUGCCAAUGUAUGUAUAAGUACUGCAAUCAGCAACGGACUGCAAGGUGGUGUACCUAUGGCAACAGUAAACAACUGUAAAGAAAUUUUAUUUCAGGAAUCGUCAAAUUUUGUUUGCUUGAGCCCACAAACCCUCUUCACACAAGUGUGCACAUUUUCUAAACAUUCAAUUUACUUUAUCAUAAACAACAUGACCAUGUUAAUACCUCUUAAUUCAAUGAUGAAAUAUUCAAUCA